CCCCGAUUCACCGCAACAGGGCCCAACUUGGUGAUUCCAGCGCCUCCGGAACACUGGCCCACCAUGGACUUCGUCUGUCGGGUGCGAGCGCAGCGCCCGAGUCGCAGCGGCCUCAACCGAGAAGGACACGCAGCAGCAGAAUCCGAAGAGGCCGCAGAGCGCGAAAUGCUCGCGGCGCCCCCUGCCUGCCCCACCCCCCAUCCGCUUCACCGCAGCAGGGCCCCAUCUGGCGUUCCCAGCGCCUCGGGGGCACUGGCCCACCAGGGGUUUCGUCUGCCAGGUGUAUCAGAGGCCCCAGAACAAGUGAGUGCAGCGUCCGAGUCGCAGUAGCCUCACCCGACGACGACACAGUGGCCUACUUCAUUCUCGACGAUGACGUAGCCGCAUAAUCACAAGCUUCGUCGCAGUAUCCGCCGAAAUCGAAAGGAUCCGCAGCACGUCAAUCGAGCGCAGACGCUGCUGCGCAACGCUAGAAUUCACGCUGUCAGUGGAGGAAGCUAGAGCAAGCGCAGAGGCAACCCGCGUCCCUGUCCUACGCCGCAGACUUGCUGUUCAUUGCCAAGGAUUGGGCAUGAAACAUGUGUCUCUUGAGUUUAUGGCAGAACUCGCUGGCGCCGUCGUCAUCACUGCCACCCGCGGGCACCUCGAUUCCACAAGCCUUGAGACGUGCACGGCAGGUGUUCGCAUCGAGGCUGUCCACGCGGGCCUCCUGUAUAGCUGCUUUGUCCUCGUCAACUCGCAUCGGGCCAUUUUGUCAGUUUUUUUGGCGACUGGCUCGGGGGCGGGUGGCGCCGCAUCAAGGGUUGUUCUAAGUUUCUGCACCACGCUCGGCAUAGCCAAAGGAUCCGACGUGAACUUUUCCGUGCGUCUGGGAGCCUGGAUGGCUGUGUCGGACUGCUUAACCGUCGCCUCCAGCCCCAGAGUGAGGGUGGCCAACGACGGGCUGCGCUCAUCACAGCACGACAAUAGAUCGCAUUCGCUCCUCGAAGCCAAGGAUAUGCUUGGCUGUCUCCUGCUCCUGCUUCUCCGCAUGCUCCAAAGGUGCCUGCGCGUUUUGCUCCAAAGCUGCCUUCAGGACCGAACACAUUGAGAAUGCCAUUGUAAGUCGGCUCAUGCUUGCACAUUGCUCCGCGACAGAGCGACGUGCCUUGGAGCCUCCCAUCCUUGAGCAAUAGAAACCUGAACCACCGACCAGCGCACAGCAUAGUCAUGGUAAUGUACGCUGUGCUGCGUCACAGCACUCAGCCUGGGGCGAGCCAGGCGAACCACUGAGAGCAAACUCAGGAGCCAGAGCUAUCCCGUUUCGGCACGGAGGCGCAGAACCCCCAAGUGCAGAAGUCUUGAGCCAAAAUGGCUACAGAGGGCGGGAGGGGAGGGGACAAUGGCCCAAUCGGCGAUACCUCGCCAUCAGAUCAGCGCUAAGCCCAGCGAACGCGCGCGUUGGGCGGGGUGGGGGCCAAGCCUCGCUUGGCGGUGACAGGGCGACUGGGGGUCAAUGAUCACCCCCCGGGCCAAACGCGGACGGCCUGCUGUCAACCACGCCCGCGGGACCGAACACCGAACCAUCUGAGCGAAGGCCCACCCGGAGAGGCGGCGGCGGCGGCAGCGCCCAAGCGGGGCGGCCUGCUGGCCACCUGGUGCCCCGCGGCCCGCUGGCUCGUGACGUUGUCCCGGGACGGGCCGCCCUUGGUCUCCUGGGCGUACUGCCAGCGCCCGGGCUCCACGGCCGCCUCCGGCCGGGAGUAGAUCCAGACCACCUGGUCCCCUCCCUCUCUAGGGUGUCGCACCUGGCCGUCGUGUGGCACCAGUGGGACUUCCCGGUGGCCCAGUAGCUGAAAUACCUGCACCUCCCGUCCUCCCUGCACCUCGCCUCGCAGUCUGGCAUCGACAGGACACUGGUCGAGGCCAGGUAGUCGCCCCCGCAGAAGCUGUUGCCUGGAGCGGGCCCGAAUGUUUGAAACGGCGCGGCCAGAAGGGCAUCUGCGUUUGUGGGAUGAUAGCAGAAGCCAGCGCACCGGUAUCGCCCCUCCAUGCUCUUCAAAAAUGAAGUGUAAGGCACCGCCUCCUCGUAUCCAACGCAUUCCUCCACAGAGUACUUAGCAGCACACUCUGGGGUAGCACGUAUAUUUUGCAGGACCUGGGAGUAUUCGUACAGCCGGUGUGUUUGCGGUGCAACAUCGCACUGGUGCAUCAGAGUCGUGUAGGUCUCCACGGACUCCCUGGUCAACGGCAGCGACAUCAAAAUAAGAAUCAGGCCUAGCAGCGUGAUGAAAAUGUUCGCCAUCAUCAUUACCGUCUGCUCAGAAAACUGUGACCUGGCGCAACCCACGAAAACGAAAACCGUGGCCACGUACAGCAAAACGAGACCGAUCGUCAGCGUCAUUAUGGAUACUGGUGUUGCUCGGCCCACCCAGAAGACGUAGUUUUCGUCUGACAUCAGCGCCGCGGCAUUCCAGAUGGGAACUAUGCACAUCAUCGUCAGCAGCAGGAGGCCAACGCAGAUGAAGGUGACUUUGCUGUCCAGGAGUCGCCUGGUGCUCUGGCCUGCCUUGAUAUUUCCUUGGUACUGACUUGGGUCGACGGUCUGCUGGUGCUGGGCCAUGCUCGGGCCAAGGGAGUCUUCGGUGCGCGGAGGUGUCGCAUACUGCAUUCAAACUGCGGAUGGUCAGGAGCACCGUAAGGCGGGCGGCCUACCAGCAAGCCACAUAGAACACGGAGCGGGGAUGCGCACCGGCAAGGGGGGGCCAGGUGCUCGCUUUGAGCCAAUCGCAAAGGAAUGGCACGAGUAUCGUGGCUCAUCCUUCUCGUCCUCCUGCUCUACGAGUGCCACAUGCACUCGCAACAGGAAGCACCAGCAGUGCUGGGACAACGGGCAGGAGACAUGUCAAAGUGCUAUUCCAUAUCCCACGACCGACCCUUGACUGGCGAAUAGUGGGCCCUGCAUAUAUCUAAUGACCUGGCGCUCCUUGAGGAGGUCCUCGACUGUGGGCCGCGAACCUGGUAGGCCAGGCGCCAUACCGAGAACGCCGCCAACCCAGCGCGCCACUACAAUAAAACAGCGGGCCUUCAAUGCCCGAUUGUUGGGCCUCGCGCCGAAGGCGCGCCCGCGGGCCUGCGCUUGCGAAACGUAAAUUUCUAUGGGCCCGCCACCCUUUGCAUCUCCGACCCUCAUCAAGCCAUCCCACAGGCCUGCGGGGGCAAGGCCGCCCUGGGCAGGGCCGCGAGCGCCGCCGGCGGUGGCCGCAGCCGCGGCGG